GCGGGAGGCGGCCCUGCCCUCCGGGAAGAUGUCCUACGGAUCCAUCACCGGCAGCAGCGGGCUGGGGAGCCGGGGCCCUUUUGGGGGACCCUCACGACAAGGCUAUCAGCCCCUCGCCACCCAGCUGGACCCGAGGGACCUGCAGGGGCUGUUCCAGGAGGCGGCGGCCAGUGUCUCCCGCAUCAGCGCCAGCGCGACCUCUUUGGAGCAGAGCCUCCGGGCCCUGGGGACACCGAGGGACACCCCGGAGCUGCGGGACAGCCUGCACCUGGCGCAGCAGGAGACCAACCGCACCAUCGCCACCAGCACCAGUGUGGUGAAGCGGCUGGCGGAGCUGCUGCGGGGCUGCUCCCGGCAGGAGCGGCUUCAGCUGGACCGCCUGCAAACUCAGCUCUCGGACACCAUUCAGCGCUACGGAGCGGUGCAGACGACAAUUGCGGAGAAGUCCCGGGCUCUGCUUCCCACGGCGCAGACGGGCGGCCGGCAGCAGGUGGGUGCGGGGACUCGCCGUGGCCGUGACCGAGGGGACCACACAGGGUGUGGCUGGUGCCAGGGAAGAGCAGGAGGGGCUGAGGGCAGGGCCUUGGUUGCAGGGACGCUGGCUGAGCAGGAGGAGAGCUUCAACGGGGGCAACAGCGAGCGACAGGGCCCGGCACAGACGCUGCUUCCGGAGCUCACGGAGCAGGACCUGGAGGCCAUGCGGCUGUGCGAGGAGGCCGUCCUGAGGCUCCAGAGCGACCUGCUGGAUGUGACCCAGAUCCUCAAGGACUUGGCCGCCAUGGUGUCGGAGCAAGGAGAGGCCGUUGACAGUAUUGAAGCCAGCCUGGAGGCGGCAUCCUCGCACACUGAGGCCGCCAGCCAGCUCCUGGCUGAAGCCAGCCGGCACCACCUCCAGAGACACAAGAUGAAGUGCUACUUCCUGUCGGCUGGAGUCACUGCUGUGCUGGUCGUCAUCCUCGUCAUCGCCACCUCUGUCCCCAAGUGAUGCCACCUGUGGAAUUAAAGGAGGACCCGCUCUCUGGAGCCCGUGGUGGGGAGCCACA